UGGAAUCUAUUAUUAAUAGGAUCUUGUUAUAGAGUAAAUAUAGAAAGAAUGACUAUAAAGGCAGGUCCCGUAAGGAUCAGUACUAGAGAAGCAGCCGAAGCACUCAUUGAUCGAUAUGAUAAUUUUUUAUUUGAUUGUGACGGAGUAAUUUGGCUUGAUGAAAAGGCUAUACCGGGAGUAUUAAGAACUAUUGAAUAUUUAGAAUCUAAGGGGAAGAAGUAUGUGUUUGUGACUAAUAAUUCAUCUAAAUCUCGUCUGGAUUAUGUUCAUAAAUUUGCCAAAUUAGGGUUCAAAGGUAUUACCAAAGAGAGAGUUUAUCCAACUUGUUAUGCAGCUGUGGCAGCUCUUAAGGAUACCUAUGGAAUUGAAUCCGGAGCUAAAGUUUGGGUAUUAGGAGAUUCCGGUAUUGAACAGGAAUUGAAAGAGGAAGGUUAUAUACCAUUAGGAGGCACUGAUGAAAGAUUGGAUGGACCAUGGAAUCCAAAUAGUGAAUUAUUAAAGGUUGAUCCCGAAGUUAAAGCCGUAAUUGUUGGAUCAACUAAAGAUUUCAAUUAUAAUAGAAUAGCUCUGACUUUACAAUACUUAUUAUAUAAUAAUAAGUCUAUUCCAUUCAUUGGAGCUAAUAUUGAUAGAACAUAUCCUGGACCAGAUGGAUUAAUCCUUCCUGCUGGAGGUAGUGUUGUUAAUUACAUGUACUAUACAGCUCAUAGAGAUUUUUUAAAUGUAGGAAAACCCAGUACAGUCUUCUUAGAUACAAUUCUUGCCCAUAAUGAAUUUGAUAGACUGAAAACUUUAAUGGUAGGAGAUACAUUAUAUACGGAUAUAAAGUUUGGAAAUGAUGGACAAUUAGGUAAUGGGGCUGGAUCAUUAUUAGUCUUAUCAGGAGGUACAAAGGUAUCUGAUUUAAAUCAUUUGAUCCAGAACCCCCACUCGUUUGAAGACGGAGAAAGCCUUAUACCAUCAUAUUUUGUCGAUUCCUUAGCCACUUUAACCGAUUGGUUAGAGUGAUCUGACACACAAUUUUAAUAGACACUAUAUACAAAUAUACAAAUAUACGUAAAUGCUUAUGCGCACACACUAAAUAUUAAUUUACCACCUACCGUAACAUGAUAUUUUUCUGACCUAUACCCUUAGAUUGAUUGUGAUAAGUUACGAGCUCUCACAAAAAAAGUCUGUGGAUCAGGAAUCACUUCACGGCUAAACC